AUGGAAGAGACGGAAGCGCUUCGCAUGGGACCCAUCUUGAGCAAUGUGGUGCUGCACGACGUGACGACGGGAAAGGUCCUUCUGCCCAACGUCCAGUUUGUUUACCAGGGCGAGGAGCUGGCGCCCCAGGUGCUGCAACGCGCCUGGAUCACGGUCCAUCUCCAACAAGAUGGAAGCGUAGCGCAAAUCAAUUCAAUACAGCCGGAUGCACGCGUGAACGGCUUCCACCUAUCCAACGAUGAAACUACCGGGGAGACCCUCCACGUAGAGGGCUUCUUUCCUUUCGAGGUGCCCGAGUUGAGCCACCUCCCCAAGUCGUCCUACGAGCUGCUCCAAGAGUUCCAGCAAAGGAGCUCAUUCAUCCGUUCGCUGCUGGUCGAGGCAGCUGACGAGGGCCUGUUCAAGCCCGUCGACCACAGCUUCGCCGAGGAUGGCAUGUCUCGCCAGCUACAGCCGCGACUGAGCGAUGACGGCCUCGACGCGUUCCUCCACAUCCCUGCUCCCCAGCCAGCACCCCCACAUCCACAACACACUGGCCAACGGGACAACGUCGCCGUCUCUUCGAGCUCGAUCCUCUCGCCUCAGCCGCACAUCAAGAAGCAGCUGCUCGACGAUCACUCCCAGUCGCCGCCCGCCGAGCGCAGCAGCGCCGCCACCAACAACGUUGAGCAUCAUCGCCACAGCAGAGUGGACAUGCAUCCGCAACUGCAGCACUCACCAGACUUCAACACCGGCCGGAGCGGCGGUGAUGUCAACGAAGGCGAAGGCGACGGCGACGAUGACGACGAUCUGGCCCGCAGCGAGGCCGAGCGCGGCCAGCUAAAGGACAUUGUGCUCAAGUUCCACCGCAACCGACAUGCGCUGCUGUCGCCGCCGCAGGACGACGACGACUUCACGUCGCUCCCGCCCAUGGGGCUGUCGGCGGCCACGCCCAACCGCAACACGGCGCCGUCGCCCUAUCCCUACCAGCGCGACGAGCUCCUGGGCAGCGGCGGCGGCGUCGGGGUCGGCGGCCUGGCUGGCGAUAUUACGAUGAGUCCGACGCCCAGAGAGGCGCCCAAGGUGUGCCUCAGUCCCUACAAGCGCGCCACGCUGGUGUACUCUGGUCAGCACAUCCACUCGUCUGUCUCCACAUCGUCGUCUUCAUCUUCGUCGUCGACGCCAUCGGGCUCUUCGUCGGCCGUGCCCACGCGCAAGUCGCUCUUCAACUCGGGCGACGCGUUGGGCACGCUGGGAGUGUCGUCGUCGGGCGUACCGUCGCGACACGGCCACGGUAUUGAGCUGGGCCUCUUGCCUUCGUCGUCGUCGCCACCGCUGCCCAUGCAGCGCGAGAUCGUGGACAAGGUGAAGGUGGCCCUCGACGAAGCCGUGCAGAGCGUGAAGAGUCGAAUAAUCGAGGAACAACUGUUCAACUGGGCUCAGCCACCACAACCCAACACGCGACGAAACCACUACCCCGCCAUGCACAACUACCAGCGACCAGAGAUCACCUCCUCGCCCACCGCUAUGCCGCAAGCAUCGUACCAGCGAUACGAGGAGCCGAGAGGAGCCGAUCAAGUGCUGAGCGGAAGACAGAUGCUGCGAACGAGUUCGAGUGGGGUGGCCCAGUACGCGCACGUGCCGCCCUCCUACUCACCGCCGCCAGCCAUCGCCUCGUCGCCCACGUCUUCGCCUCCCUUUGUACCUCGCGACUACCACUGA